AUGGAGAUUUUUUUUUUGUAUACUUCGCGACCGGAACUUGAGAAGGCUAUAAUUUUCGGGCGUAAACUCUACGAUAGUAAUGAAUUAGAACGUGAAGAAGAUCAUCGAUAUAAUCACUUUAUUUAUUAUUUUCAGAAUGAAGAUGAUUUUCCAUCAUCAGAUACCUUAAAUUGGGCUGACGGAAUUCUCUUGGUUUAUUCCAUAACAGAUAGAAGAUCAUUUGCGUAUGUUAAAAAAGUAGGGACUUUACUAAACGAUUGUGAUAUGCCGCUUUAUCUCGUUGCGAAUAAAAACGAUAUGAUUCAUUUAAGACAAGUUAGCGCCGAAGAAGGUACUAUUUUGGCGAGAGAUUUAGAAUGCGGAUUCUCAGAGGUAACGGCUGCCGAACAAGUUGGUCCUGUAGCGAUGGUUUUUCAAGAUCUGUGUAAAGCGGUUUUGGCUGCGAGGAGAAAAUCAAAACAUUCGCUCCUCGAGAGGAUGUUGGGCGCAAAAACUACUAAUAUAAAAUUGUACGCGAGAGGGAAAAGCGAUAGUGCGUUACCGAAAGAUUGAAGGCCGAAACGCAGCGACGACAGCUGGUAAAUUUUAGUUUAUUUUGGCGAUUACGUGUGUCGGCGAUGAUGAUGCCGUAUGUUACGUAGGAAGAAUCACAUUCCCUUAAGACGUUAGGAGUAAACAGUUUUAUUAUUAGAAAGGAAGUGUGUAUUUUGAAAUAAUGCGACAUGUUAUUUUUACAACAGCAGACGUUGAUGACGAGUUUUGUAAACUUGCCAGAACUGAUAACACAAUAUUAUUUCAACAAUAAAUAUAAACACAAUAAAUUAAUAUACUUAAACAGUUUAAAAUAUAAAAAAAAAUCUU